AAAAGUUUCAAAGCUGAAACCACACUGUGGUUGGGUUUAGUGUUGUUUAGCAGGUGCACUAAAUCCUUCCAUUGAGUCUAAGACGAGAAAGUAAAAUGAACUGUUUAGGAAACAGACACCUCCCUGUGUGUCUCAGUCUCUUCCUUUGUCUGCUUCUCGCAGGAUUUUCUACUUUUUCAGGUGGUGUGUCUGCACAAGGCAUCAUAGCCACAGUGGGAACAGAUGUCACUCUGGCAUGCAACUAUAAUGCUAAGUACUAUGGCAAGCUUUCUACAUGCUGGGGUCGAGGACCCAUUCCCAACAGUGGCUGCAACAACGUGGUGAUCAGGUCAGACGGGACGUCAGUGACCAGCAGACUGUCAGAGCGUUACCUGUUCAUGGGUGAUCUCAGUGCAGGUGAUGUGUCGCUGACCAUCAGACAGGUUGAGGAGGGCGACUCAGGGAUGUACGGCUGCAGGGUGGAUAUACCAGGCUGGUUCAACGAUCACAAGCACGAGCAGACUCUGACGGUGAUGGCAGUGCGUCCUAAUCCAGUGAAAGUGGAGACACGAGAGGUGAAGGAGAGAGCCUUCACUGUUCGCUGGACUCCUGUGUUUGAUGGCGGCAGGCCCAUCACAUCCUACAGGAUUGAUAUCAAAAACAAACAGGCUUCCUGGGAUACUGCAAUAACAACUGAAAUCUCAAAUCCCGAACUGACUCAGAUGUCUCUGGUGGACCUGCGACCAGCCAAGACCUACAACCUUCGCAUGUUUGCUACCAACAGUAUGGGCAUGAGCGAGGCCAGUAAUGUUCUGACAGUGACGACUAAAGAAGCAGCACCAGACGGUCCACCCCUGGAUAUGGAGCUGGUGGCCCUCUCUCCUCAGAGCAUUAAAGUCACAUGGAAGCCUCCAAGGCUCGAGCAGAGAAAUGGGGUUCUUCGUAGCUACAGCAUUAGCUACAGAGAGUAUGACCCUGAAGGCAGACAAUUUAAAAGGUGGCAGCACCUAAGUGUGUCUGCCACACGGGAAGUAGAGAGCGUCAUCCUGGGCAACCUGAAGCCUUCCACCAGAUACGGCGUGAUCAUACAGGCCAAAACAAACGCAGGGAUAGGACCUGCCUCAUCCGGACCUCUCUGCUCCACUCUUGAUGAAGUUCACAGAACUACAAUACCGUCAACUAGCAUGUCUGCUUCCACUGCGGCCACAUUGUUGAUCGAAGACUCUACAAGGUUCACUUCAGUUCACACAACUACGACGGAUGAGCCUGUUACUGCUGCCACACACUGGGAAGACAUCACUGAUAUUUCCACGUCAGUGCCCCCGGAUCCCCCAGUGGUUGAGUUAAAGGAGGUCAGCGGUAAUGCAUUUUCUCUUUUAUGGACUCCUGGGUUUGAAGGGGACAGCCCCAUUACUGGAUAUUACCUGGAGUAUAAAGCAGUUCAUGCCUUGUGGGAUUACACAAAGACAGUUUUAGACUUUAGCCCCAACCAGACGGAGGCCACGAUAAUAGAGAUGAAUCCCUCAACAUACAACGUCCGUAUGUUCGCCAGGAACAGUUUGGCCACCAGUAAAGCCAGCAACAUCCUCACCAUCACUACUCGAGAAUCAGGUCAGAGGACGAUUGAUCUUGUUACCACGGUAUCCACUGAUACUCAUGCUGCUGCGAGCGUUGAUGAGAGCCAGAGCGGUCACCUGGCUGCCAUCGUGGUGCCAGUGGUGCUGGUGGUGCUGACUGUUGCCGUAGUAACCGCAUGGCAACUUCGAAGGAUAAAGCAGAAAAAGGGCAGCCUGAGCAUGUGGCUGCCUGGUGGAGCGCUACGCUACAGAGGCCCUGAGCCACUACAAGAGCUGUGAAACUCUCAGUUACUCCGUAGCCUAAAAGCUCACAAAUGAGCAGUAGUUUUACAUUUUAUUGCAAUGUGCCAAGGAAGAUUGUGUAUUUCUGUAUCAUUAUGUUGUUGAGGAAGCAAACAACCUGCAUCUUUAGCUGAUUCAGACUAACCAAAGGAACAAAUAAUCUGAGAGAAACGUCUGACAUCUGUUUUUUUUUGUUUUUUUAAACUUUUCAAUAUUUUCUUUUUCAGUAUUAGUUUGUUUGUCUUGUUUAUCUCAUUUAUAUCUUUUACUGGAUCUAUUUUUAUGACAUUAACAAUACAAUAUCAUCAAUCUGUAUUGAAAUGGUACCAAAUUUCUGCUGUUUUUCUUUAUGGUAAUAAAGUUUAACAGCGUUUGUU